UCCCACAAAGCCAAUCAGCGGCUACAAUUCAACAGUUCAACAUGAAAGUGAUGCACCGCGUGCUCUUUGUCGGCUGCCUCAUAGUAGGUGUGGGCAUGGUGAGGUCACAGGACUACCAGGAUUACCAGGAGAACACACCAAGGGCUGCUCCUAUUCGGCUGAGGGCCAAUGCCGCUCCUGCUCGAGCUGAAGCGCCACGGGCUGAUCCAGUGGCAAUCCUCAAGCAGAUCAACAAGCACAAUGAAGAUGGCUCCUACACCUAUGGCUAUGAGGGAGCCGAUGGAUCCUUCAAAAUCGAGACCAAGUUGGCCACUGGCGAGGUGAAGGGCAAGUACGGCUAUGUGGACGAGACCGGAAAAGUGCGAGUGGUGGAGUACGGAGCCAACAAGUAUGGCUUCCAGCCAUCCGGAGAAGGCAUUACAGUGGCACCACCCACGCUGGUGGAUGAAACUCUCAAGGAGGAACCAGAUUACGCCGACGAGCCGGCACCACAGCGGCCGCAGAAACCCUAUCGUGUUCAGCGUCCCCAGCCACGCCCACAGCCCCGCCCACAACCUCAGCCGCAGCCGCAGUACGUGCAAUACGAGGAGGAGGAGGAGCCACAACGUCGAGUCCAGUAUGCCCCAGCUCCUCAGCCGCAGCCUCAACCGCUGCCGCAACCACAACAUCUGCCACAGCAGCACCACCAGCCUUCGGUGGGUCCGGCACCGCCAAGACUCCAGGUUCCCGGCGCACAGCGCACCACCGACGUGCUCUACUCACCGCUGCAGCGUCCUGCUCGCCCCGAACCGGAUUACUCGCAAACGCAGAGCUUCGGCGAAGGACCCUCGAAUGUGCGGAUUUCCCGCCCCGUUUACGCCCUGCCCCCCGCCUCACCGGCUCCGAGCAGUGCCCGGGCUCAGGGAUUCCUGGCUCCCGCCUCCGGGGGACGUCCGCUGCUGGAACCAGUGGGCUUCGGCCAAUCCCAGGGACCCAGCGCUCGUCCUGUCCAACAACAGCAGCCGAGCUUCCAGCCACAGCCACAGCCGCGGCCACAGGCUCGCAGUGGUGGAGGAGGUGGCUCGGGAUUGCUGGAUCAGCUGGCCCGGGACUACGCCCUGCCCCAGGGAAACGCCCAGCCGCUGCACGACAUCACCUUCGGCUACUACUGA